AUGUCUCUCGUUACGCUCCUACUCUCCCUCCUCCACGUCUCCUUUCUCUCGAAUUCCCGCGUCCUUGCCGGGAUGGACUCCUGCUACGACGAGCAAGGCGUCCCAAGCGUGUGCAUGCCUAAAUUUGAGAACGCAGCCUUUAACCGGACGGUCGUGGUCUCGAACGUCUGCGGCGCCCCUCCGGAGGACUACUGCAUGCAGACGGGGUCUACGCGCUCGUGCCGCCGGUGCGACGGUUCCGACCCGGAGGCCAACCACAACGCCAGCUAUCUGAACGACUUCCACGGCGACGAGGAACCUACCUGGUGGCAGAGUCAGUCCAUGUUUUACGGAGUGCAGCACCCAAGCUCGGUCAAUCUGACCCUACACUUAGGUAAAGCUUUUGAGAUAACGUACGUCCGCCUGAAGUUCUACACCAGUCGGCCGGAGAGUUUCGCCAUCUACAAGCGCACAAACGAGAAUGCGCCAUGGACGCCCUACCAGUAUUACAGUGCCUCCUGCCACAAGACCUACGGGAAGGACUCCAAGACCUUCAUCCAACCCGGAGAGGAGGAAAGAACAGCGCUGUGUACCGAUGAGUUUAGUGACAUCUCUCCACUCACUGGAGGAAACGUAGCGUUCUCCACUCUGGAAGGAAGACCAAGCGCCUACAACUUUGACCAAAGCCAAGUGCUCCAGGACUGGGUGACAGCCACAGAUCUGCUGAUCUCGCUUAACAGACUGAACACUUUUGGGGAUGAGUUCUUUAAGGACGCCAAAGUUCUUCGCUCCUACUUCUAUGCCAUUUCCGACUUUUCAGUUGGGGGCAGAUGCAAGUGUAACGGACACGCCAACGACUGCGCGCCCGACGACGAGGGCCGUCUGGUGUGCGCCUGCGAGCACGACACGGCUGGGACGGAUUGCGAACGCUGUGCCCCUUUCUAUCAGGACCGACCCUGGGCUCGCGCCACUGCAGACUCGGCCAACCAGUGUGUGAGGUGCAACUGCAGUGGCCGUGCGGACGCGUGCGAGUUCGACGCAGAGCUGUACCGCAGCACGGGGAGCGGCGGGCGCUGUGUCGGCUGCAGGGACGAGACAGCUGGGCCGCACUGUGAGCGCUGCAGAGAAAACUUCUACAGAUCCUCUCCACUGCUCCCCUGUAGCAACUGCAGCUGUAACAUUAUGGGCUCGCUGAGUUUGCAGUGUGAUGAGGAAGGGGUUUGUCCCUGCAGACCCAGCAUGACCGGAACAAAGUGUGACGCCUGCAAACCCGGUUAUCACUCUCUCAGCCCGGGGGGCUGCAGCCUUUGUGUCUGUGAUGAAAGAGGCAGUGUAGACGUUUGCUCGGCUGAAGAUGGAAGAUGCCAUUGCAAACCUAACGUUGAAGGACACUCCUGUGACAGGUGCAAGCCUGGAUCCUUCAACCUCCAGCGGGACAAUUCAGACGGCUGUCAGACGUGCUUCUGCUUUGGCCACUCCCUUGCCUGUUCAUCUUCCAGUCAGCAUGUCACCUUCAACAUCACCUCAGACUUCCUAGAUGACACCGAUGGCUGGCUGGGUGAAUUCUCUGGGCGUCAAGAAGCUCCUUUGAUAUGGAAAGAAGGAGAAGUCUACCUGCUUCCCUACAAUGAUGAAGAUGCUGGAUUUUACAAAGCGCCAGCAAAGUUUCUGGGAAAUCAGCUGGUGAGUUACGGUCAGCACCUCGCGGUGUCGUUCACAUCUGAAUCGAGCGAGCUGUUACCCCAGAGUGUGACCGUGGUCCUUGAAGGAUCCGGAAUGUCGGUCAGCGCCAGGGUGUUCUCCGAGCUGAACGUGGUUAUCGAGACGGACCGCGCACCUCGUAGCGAUUAUACUCUCAGGUUAACCGAAACAGAGCUGAGUCCACCGCUCUCUUCAUUCGAGUUCCGCCGUUUGCUCUACAACCUGACCGCACUAUACGUCAGCAACGCAGGAGGACAAAACUAUACCUCUCAGCUCUGUGGAGUCACCCUGAAAUCUGCCACACCGAUUACACCCCAGUCCGACGCCUCCCGGAAACCCCCUGCCCCCUGGGUGGAGGUGUGCGCGUGUCCUCCAGGACACACGGGUCAAUUCUGUGACCUGUGUUCACCAGGCUUUACCCGAGAGACUCCCAGCGCUGGACCGUACUCACCGUGCGUGCCGUGUAACUGUAACCAGCAUGGGACGUGCCAUCCAGAAACAGGUGUAUGCGACUGCACAGACUUCACCACCGGUCCCGCUUGUGAACGUUGUCAGGAUGGUUACUACGGAAACGCUUUGAUCGGCAGCCCCAAAGACUGCGUGCCGUGCCCCUGCCCAGGCCAAACCACCUGCGCCCAGGUGCCACGGACGGGGGAGGUAGUGUGUACCAACUGCCCAGCUGGACAGAGGGGAAUCAGGUGCGAACUCUGCGAGGACGGUUUCUUCGGGGACCCGCUCGGCAGGAACGGCGGGGCGCGGCCGUGCUCGAGGUGCAAGUGCAACGGGAACACGGACCCCAACGCCGUGGGAGUGUGCGACCACGUGACCGGCCGCUGUCUCAAAUGCUUAGGGCACACAGCCGGGGACAGAUGCGAAAAGUGCCGUCCGGGUUACCACGGUAACGCUCUGGACAGGAGCCUGAGGCCUUCGCAGAAGUGUCAGCCGUGUGCCUGUAACCCCACUGGCACAUCCACUUUGUUAAAUGAGUGUGACCCCAACACUGGAAGAUGUUCGUGCUUGAGUCAUGUGACAGGAAGGGACUGUGGAAGGUGCGAGCCCGGCUUCUUUAAUCUGCGUCCAGGACUGGGCUGUGAAAGCUGUAACUGCAAUCCUGUCGGCUCCACAUCAGCAACAUGUAACCCAGUCACAGGCCAGUGUGUGUGUCGGACCGGUGUGGACGGCCAGCAGUGCGGCUCAUGUCGAAUGGGCUUUUUUGGCUUUUCCUCCAGAGGCUGCAGAGCCUGUAACUGUGAUCCGAUGGGCUCAGUGUCCAUGCAGUGCCAUACCAACGGGACUUGUCUCUGUCGCCAAGGAUUUGUGGACUACAAGUGUGACAAGUGUGAGCUGAACCACUACCUCAACCGUGAUACCCAUCAGUGCGAGGAGUGCCCAGUGUGCUACGGUCUCAUCAGAGAUCAGGCCGCUAAACUCAAAACCCACCUGCAGCAUUUGGAGAGACUGCUCGCCCGCUAUGACUGUAGCGGCAACGGACACAGAAUCUACGUACGUCCGAAUCACGUGCGCCAGCAUCAAGAGUUGGGAAACCACUUACACGAUCAUCAGGGCGAGGAUUACUUACCUAAUGCGCUGGAGGACUUCCUGGCUAUUCAAGAGGCUCGAGAAGCUUUUAUCAGCCAGUUCUCACAGCUGGAAACGUCUGCGCACACCCUACAGCUGCAGUUGCAAAACUUUGCCAGUGGAAUGAACUGCAGCCUGAUGAAGGAGGUGGAGGAAGAGGAGAGGAUGAUGAAGGAAACAAACGAGUGCCGAGCUCUUGCGGACGCGUUUGCUACAGUACAUGAUACGCAGACGCGCCUUCAGAAGAUGACCUCUGACCUCAACAGUCUGGUAAUCCCUUUUAUCAUCCCGAAAGCACCGACGGAGUGGAACGCCCUGGUGAACGAAUCCGUGUCUUUGGCGAAGAGUCACGAAGAAAUUGCCUCUCAUAUUGAAGGACUAGCACAGGAGGCGCUGAACGUAUCGAACAAAACGUACUCCGUUCUGCUGGAUCUGCUGAACGAUAACUCAGUCGAGCUCCAUAUACAGCGGCUAACUGAGCGUCUGUCAGAGAUGCAGCGUCUGAAAGAGAACCUCACCCGUCAGGCAAAUGACACCCUCGCUGUCUACCUGUCAGUGCAAGAGCAGAACGUCGAAGUGCAGGCCAUUUUGCAAAAUGUCACCGCCACGCUACCCACGCUGCACCGAAAGGACACGAACAACAACGGCGCGAACGCAACCUCCUCACGGCUGCUCGGCGAAGCAGAUAACACAACAACUGAGCCUCUGUUCGUCCAGGGUCUGGACCUAGCAAACAAGACGGCCAUGUUGGAUUUGCUACUCGAGUCAAAGAAGCAGCUGGUAAAUAAAACCAGAGAGGGGUUGGACCCACGGCUGGAAAGCGCACGCAAAAAUCUGAACACCGUUCAGGAAUUCCAGCAGCUGGCAGCACUGGCCGAGGGACUGAAAGAAGCAGCACUUUCUUCAGUGGUGGAAGCCAAGAAGACUGAGUCAGAGGUGUUCUCUCUCCGAAAAAAUAUAGAAGACAUGGAGGAAGAGUGGCCAGUCCUGCGCACCCAGACCCGAACAGCCCUGAAGCGAGAGAGCACGGUGGACGACAAGAUCCUGACCGAGGUGAAAAAGAAGGUCAAGCAAGCUGAAAGAGCGCUCAAACCCGCACUGGAAAAUGCCAUGCAAGCUAGCAACACGUCAGUGCUGGCACAGGAAGCCGCUAAUUCCGUAGCUAAGGAUUCGAAGGCGGCUUUGUCUCGGGGGAAGCAGACGAAGAAGACGUUGGCGCAGCUCAACACGGCUGUGAACGCAGCCGCGCAGCAGCUGACAGAGCUGGAAGGUUUAGUUGCUCAGGCACAAGAGGAUACACACGUGGACGAGGCUGAUGUUUCAUUAGAAGGAGUGAUUGGCAGCAUGGAGUCAGCCAAGGGCCAGCUGGAGGACUUCACACACACACUUGCCGAGCUGCUCAGUCAAAUAGAGUCGAACAAGGAUCUGGAGAAGUACGCCCGCGUGCUGAACGAGACGGCCGCCCGCCUCCGAGUCCUCCGGGGCAGCGUGGAGAACCCGGCGCUCAACAGAAAAUUCCAGAUUCUUCUGAGGGCUGCCGAGAAUCAACAAGAACAGCUGCUGGAGCUCGAGAAGAACCUGCAGGAUAUCCAGGGAGAACGGGACAGCCUCACCGACAUCGCCCAGAAUCUGCCCAAAACGUGCCCAGAAUAGAGUUAAGUGUAGGUGAGGGGGACCGAAAAGAGUCGAGAGGCUACAGAUCUAAACCGUUCAGGCAUUCCAUUACUACUAGUAUUUAACCAGACCUCAUUUAGAGUCUGUUUGGUCAUACGAGUGGUCACUUGCAAGCCAAGACAAAGAGCACGCUCACAGCAGACAGCUUAUUACCUACAUGAUUUAGCAUUUAUCAUUUAGCCAGGAUACACAUCUACAGAACACGUUUUCAAAAGUUGGUAUAUUAACGAAUCAUCACAGCAGAUUAACAGAGUUUUUUUUCUAUCCCAGAUACCCUUCCUAGGCGUUUGACCUGCACUGUUUUGGCCACCCCCGUUGGAAAUUAGCCAAUCACGUUCAGGUUCGAGGCCUCCUAUACCCAUUUUCCGUUCCGGUUCCCGAACUCGAUUUUGAACCGGUUCCGCGUGUUUCCACCGAAAAAAAGAGGUUCCAGACAGCAAACUUGCGUUCUAAUCUGGCAACCCAGAAUACUGGGUUUUUCAGCGCAAGCCGUGACGUCAUCUGUGGGCGUGUCACAGUGUAGAGGUUUGAGAUGUGGCAAAACCACGUUUGCGCUGCACUUUUAUAUUUCAUAAGUUUCAUAUUUUUAUAAGUUCACUUGAUUACAUUUAGAUCCAGUUUGCCGCUGAUAUUUGCUGAUAUUUUCAAAGAGAUGAACUGUGUGAUAUGACGUGGUACAAAUGACAGAACGAACAACGCUUAACGUAAAGCGCAACGUGGCUUGUUGUACUAAAACAAUGAGCGAUGAAUUUGGGCAGUACAGAGCGCUUAUAACCAGUACAGAGGCACUUAUAACCAGUAAUAGCGGAGAGAAGUUUAGUGUUUCUGUGUCGUACUUUUAGUACAUUAAGCCACGUUACGCUUUAUUUAGGUGAAGCUUUUUGCGGAUUCAGAACCCCGAGCUGUAUAAACACCACACGUGAAGUUGAUACGGCUAAACACAGGUACAUGGGGAGCUUUCAGACUGGAUUUGAUGGUUAUUUCACACAAAUGGAUGUUUGUGUCGUGGAACUUUAUUGAUGUUUUAUCGCUCAGGCCGAGCGCUGAGCAAAUCGGUUAUUUACGCCGAGAGUCGCGGUGAAAGCGAAGCGCAAAACGCUUCUCACGUCAAUGAACUAAAGAAAACAACAACUGCAACAAACACGUCUACGUCUUCUUGUCACCAACAGUUGAGCGAUGCUUUUUGUAUAGAAACGAACAUCUGGAACAACAGCACAAAUGCUCACAGGUAAUCUACAUGCCCCACCAUCAUGUUACUACUCUUCACUUUCGCUGUGUUACGCCCACCAUUGAUGGCGCAGGCUUGGUUCCAGAAAACUGGUGGAAACGCGGGUCGGUUCACUACAAAACACCAAGGUUCGAAGAAACCUGAACAGAACCGGUUCAAGAACCAGAGUUCUUUCGGUGGAAAAGCGCUACUAAGGGCCUGCGGCCCCCUGGUUGAGAACCAAUGGGUUAGAGUACUUUGCCACUGCACCAUCUGAGUGCCUGUGUACUUAAUCCUAAUUUUUUUUGUUUCAUAGUGUGUGGUUGAGAUGCUCCAUUUUCAUAAACAUGGUUUGUAAACUGGUAAUUAUUUUUGUUUUUCCUAAUAAGCAUUUGUUCCCAUCUGUCACAAGUACAGUCUUCUUUACAUUGUUCUCCAGAUGUGUAUUCUCAUUAAGUGAUCACAGUGACAUGGUCCCACAAGACUAGCUGUCUAGCAUACAGGCCCUUAAAUAUGAAAUCACUAUACGGUGAGGGGAAACAAGUGUUCAGACACUUUCUUUUGCAUAUACUGUAUGUAAUUAAAUGUGCACACGUUGUAUUUUGACUUUGUACCAAAAAAUAUAUAAAUUGGUUUGUAUUUAUGAUCAUAAAUGAGAACAAAAAAUAAUCAUGGUUAAAGUAAAGGAGCUUCUCUGGGUUCUGUAAAAUUCUCCGGGGCAGAAUUGAUAAAUACACUAUAUUGCCAAAAGUAUUCGCUCGUCUGCCUUCACACGCGUAUGAACUUGAGUGUCAUCCCAUUCUUAAUCCAUAGUGUUUGCACCCUUUGCAGCUAUAACAGCUUCAACUCUUCUGAAAAGGCUUUCCACAAGGUUUAGGAGUGUGUUUAUGGGAAUUUUUGACCAUUCUUCCAGAAGCGCAUUUGUGAGGUCAGACACUGAUGUUGGAUGAGAAGGCCUGGCUCGCAGUCUCCGCUCUAAUUCAUCCCAAAGGUGUUCUGUCGGGUUGAGGUCAGGACUCAAGUCAAGUUCUUCCACACCAAACUGGCUCAUCCAUGUCUUUAUGGACCUGGCUUUGUGCACUGGUGCGCAGUCAUGUUGGAACAGGAAGGGGCCAUCCCCAAACUGUUCCCACAAUGUUGGGAGCAUGAAAUUGUCCAGAAUCUCUCGGUAUGCUGAAGCAUUAAGAGUUCCUUUCACUGGAACUAAGGGGCCGAACCCAACUCCUGAAAAACAACCCCACACCAUAAUCCCCCCUAUAUAUGAACAAUAAGCCUAUGGGGAGUUUAUUUUGAAAACAGGUUUUUAAAAAUUAAAAAAUGAGAUCUUUGAGCUUUUGAGCCGGAUUCCAUAAUGAACUAUGAAGAAUUUUGAAAUUGUGAGUCCAAUUGUGAGGAGCUUUAAUACUUUGGGGAGAUUAAAAACAGUUUGCCAGGAGAUUUUGGUAAGAACUAAACCAUAAUGCUCCAAAAAUAAUAUAAUGAUAAGUUAAAAUACAUUGUGUGUAAAUGCAUUUAAAUGACAUACACCAGGGUGAAUAAAUACUUGUUUUACCUCACCUCUGCAUACAGUAUGGAUAGAAUUGUAGGUAAGUAGCUUUGCAGAAAUUGUUGUUAAAUAAUAAAUCGUGCUGGUUAUGUUUAAAACAGCCUGAAUUCAAGGUAAAAUGAUAUGGAGUAAUAAGAAAACGUAAUAUUACCAAUAUGCAGUUUCACAUUUAACCACAUGGUGUCGCUACAUGACAUCUACAAGCUCCAAUAACAGUUUGGAUUCUGAAUUUCUGACAUACACACCAUAGAUGUAUGUUUGGAUUGCUGGAUAUUUUUACACAGCUAAUAAAUCCAAAGUAUUCAAACACUAUGUGUGUUUUUAACUGUGUUGUAAUAAAAUAACUAAAUAAUAAAA